CACGCAUGAGUACAUACCGUUCUAAAAUGUGCCGUUGUCUUAAUCAAACCUGGAGUUACGGUACCAGAAGCCUAUUGUCGCCCCUUUCACAGUGCUAGUAUUCUCCCCCUGUUCCUAUAGGAUCCGCCCACCAUGGCGGAUGAGUUCAACCUGGAGGAUGACUAUGGAAUGGAUGUGGAUGAUCUCUUUGGCGACUCCGAAUCUGUCAACCUCGGAAGUCAACUUGGGGGUCAGAUCACCGGAAAUUUGGAUGGUCAUGAAUUGAAUGGCCAACUGGGCAAUCAGUUGAACGGACAGCUGCCAGUUCCGAUGCCCCCUCGUCCGCUGUUAAAAUAUCUGCCAGAACGUCUGGCGGACUUACAUGCAGCAGGUUGCAAACAGAACAUCUCUUGGUCGAGAUUCGGCCUUUUGGCCGCCAUCUCCUCAGACAACAAGUCGGUAGAAUUGUAUAACUUCUCCCGGGAUCCACAAGAUGGCGAAUGGAAGCUUUCGCAGAAGAUUCCUUUCCGAAUCCCACCGUUGCCCGAAGGUAGCUAUUUCUCCCACGUCGCUUGGAGUUACUUAGGAAACGACCUUGCUUUGGCGGACUCGGUUGGUCAUGUUCAUGUAUUCAGCAUGGGAAAUUCCCUUGGACGACUUCAGCCCUUGCAUUCGACCUCGAGAGGCCAUUUCGGCGAUGUCACUUCCAUCGUGGGCCUGCACUGGCUCCCCGUGUUUCCUCAGAACCAAAAGAACCAUGUAUUUUGGAAAGGUAGCAGAAAUCAGGGCGAGUGGAACUACCAACUGUCCAAUCACUUGUUCCCCGGUCCCCAUAACCCUUGUGAGGGCCGCUCUGCUGUAUUGGUACUUCACAAGUCCUCCCAGCUCCGCCUGUUAUUUCAAGUCCAAGACGGGCGAUGGUUAGAGACUACUACUAUGCUCCCUGACUCAACCCAAUCAUCCGAGUCGUUGCUGUCGCAUGCAGCUUUCGCGCCGGAGAACCUACCGGACAAUGAUCCCACGCUGUUGAUGGCCACGUAUAACAUGUCCUGUAGUCUAAAAGUGUGCCGCAUUCGAAUUGAGUGGCAGCCUCAAACGGCCGCGAAUCCAGGACAAGGCAAUGGGGAAGGGCCUACCCUCAACAUGCCUGCCAUCAAACUCUCGCCUGUAACAUCUGAAUCCGACUGCUUUCCCCCGUCGAGUCUAACGAGUGAGGGAGACGGGCUAUCAAUCGAACCAAGACCUUACAUUCCUACCCUCACACAUCUCGAAUUCCUUCCUUCGGAGCCAGAGCGGGUGCAUGCGGACAAAACGUAUCCUACCGUCCUUGGCGUAUUUCAUGAGUUUUCCGCACCCUCGUCUGCGGAUGCUCUUCUGGGUGAUACGUCUCGUCCAUAUUUCUGCCAUGCUACGGCUUGCGCUUGGGAAUUAAAAGCAGCACCUCCCGCAAAGCUGUCCGAAGCAUUCGACUCGCUGUCCGGGAAGAAACGACCCCUCUCAACCUACUUCCCUCAAGGACAGCAGUGGCGACUACACCAGAAACCGGCUUGGUCUUCAAAUGUCGCCGUAAUCAGUAUUGUCUCUCUACGCUUCAAUACGGUUCUGGCCGUCGCAUAUGCGGAUGGGAGUAUUGAGUUCCGAGAUCGUUCAACCAUGUCUACCAUCGUUACAGAACAGGACCCGGCAGAGAUCUAUACGCUUAUGCAAGGUGGCUUUGCCUUCCUAAAUGCCCCCCCUUCUCUACACAUCGCGUUUUCGCCAAAUUACUGUAUCGCAGCCGUCCUUCACGAUGACGACGAAAAGACCGAUAAAGGGUCUAGGAUUACGAUCCGGAAAAUGGAAUAUCUUAUGGGCGACUUAGCGCACCCAUCAGAAGGCAUGGCGACUGCUCCUGGAUCAGGAAUGGUCUCAAAUGCUGCGGUGGCAUUAGCUCUGCAUCAUUCGUGCGCUUGCGGGCAAUUGUGCACGACGGACGAUAUUUUCGCGAUGCUCGGAUCGAACGCUCAUGUCUCUGUCAUCAAUGAGUUCUUUCAGCAAGCCAUACGAGCCAUGAAUCUGAACCUAGAUUACAGCACGGAAGAAGCGCAAAAGAACGCUUACCAGCUGUUCAGGGUACCUGCACUCUACAAAACGUUGAGUGCACAAGCGGGAAUGGGAACGGUGAAACACGGGUUCAGAAACGUCAGCGGAAAACUGGCGUGGAUCACCUUGAACCUGAAAUUGAUAGCUACGAGUUUGACGAUGAGUAUACGCCACAACGAACCGCUCAAGCUAGAUCUCGCCAUUUCCCUCAUCGGGCAUGUCAAGUAUAGCCUUGAUUUCCUUGUCUACGUCCUUCAAGACCUCUAUGACCUCGCUCGCGAGCUGUUAGGUCAUGAGCAGAACCUCGUACGCAUUCAAUCCAAGGUCGACGAUGCCAAUUCCCCGGUGCUAGCCGUCAUGCUCGCCUCGGUUCCUCGCCUCCUUAUCCGAACUUGCGUUCGCAGUUUGAAGAACGCGUACAUCCAUUCCAUCAACUGCAUGAAAGCUGCGACCACCCCGGACCAAAAAGCCGACUGGCACCGCGUCUCCGCACCAUUUCGUGAUACACCUCUUCUAGCCUUGCUACAGCAACAGCAUCUGGACAACUUCCUGAAAGAACUCGACGCAAGCAUCAAGCAGUGUUACGCCGCCGCUCGCGAGCCGGGGAAAAAUGGGCCAAUCUCUGCCGACGGGCGCUCAAAGAUCGAGCGGGAGCUGUUCAUCACCGGGAAAAUCCCGCCGCUACUCGGACCAGCGGUCGUCCGCAUCUUCCAGGUUUCACUGCCGAAUAUGAGCAAGCAUCUCGACCCGUACCGAAUCUACGCGCACGAUGUAAGCUGGCUCGGCCUUACCGAUGACGGACCUUCACGACGCUUCCUCCCCGCUUCAUACGAUCUUUCCAUCCAGCACAAGCGAUCCGCGCCAAAUGAUGGCGCGGAGCCUAUCCAAGCCACCGCUGGCGCCCCUGCCAGCGGAAAACAGCCUGCCAACAUGGCAGGUUCUACAAAUGCGAACAACGCGCCCGGUAGCGCCGCCGCAACUACCGUUCCACCUGAUCAGCCGCCAAUUCUGCGUGCAACGAUGGUACGAGCACCGACCGGAUCAUCGGCCAGCGGUGGACGUCCGGUACCGAUGAUCGAUGUAAUCCGUAAAACGCCCCUGCGCGAAGGGGCAGCGAUCCGGCGGUGCACGCGAUGCGGCAGCGUUAGCGAAGAGUUGGCGUGGGGCCCGGGGAUGCAGCCGUGGAUGGCGCAGAACUAUAAGGCGUGCGUGUGCUCAUGUAGCUGGGCGUGUGUUUAACGAGUGAGGGAGAGAGGAAGAGAGGAUGUGAUGUGUGUCCGGAGAGUCGAGGGGAAAUACCAAGGUCGUUAAAACCAGAUCCGAACUUCUUCUCAAAUCAUCCAAUUUUUGUUUGGAAAAGAUCUCAAUACCAAAAUCCAUUCAGACUCCAGACAUCCCGUCCUCAAUGCAAUCAAACAGGUACGGCACCUUCCAUAAAUAUCGGUAUUGAAUAAUGUAGCACCUGUAUCCCACGUGACUCCAGCCCCCUGUCACGUGCCCCUCUUUGUGACGUCGUUU